AUGGCAUUUGAUGCUAAUGGGUUGUACGCUUCAGCCAUGACAGAAGGUGAAUAUCCUAAAGCGGAAAGUGCAAGAGCGUUUCUACCAGAAGAAGAAAAAGAAUUUGUAAAACUGUUCAAUAAACAAAAAUUCAGACCUAGAACAGCUAUUUUAACAGUGUGGUUUGAAUAUCCCAAAAACAUGUUCUUUCAACCCAUACCAGCUAAAGAUAAAAUAACUUUUACGAAUAGAAUAGGUAAGAAGGAAACUGGGAGUAAAAUCAGGUUCAGAAAUGGUUUCUGUUACGACGUUUUAACAUCGGUCGAUAUUCAAGAAAAAGUGAAAUCCGGUGGUAAAAUUAUUAGAAUAUUAGAUGGUAUAGUUUACGAAGAAAAUUUUAAAACUCAACCAUACAGAGAUUAUAUUUUAAUUUUGAAGGAAUUAAGGAAUAAAUACAAAAAAGAAGGAGAUAUGGUUGCUAGUAAUUGCAUGAAAUUAUUAGAUGGAUUUUAUGAGCCGGAAAUAUACUAUACAGAUACUGAUAGUUUAUACAUUUCGUCUAGCAAUUGGGAUAAAUUAAAUGAAGCUGGGUUGGUGUCUGAAAACGAAUAUAGCAAAGGGAAGAAUGAUUUGGUAUUUGGUUUAUAUUUAGCGCCAAAAGUAAAAUACAAUAUCAUUCUAACUUCCGAUGGUGUUUUAAAAGAAAAGAAAACGUUUAAGGGUUACUCUAACUAUAAGAUUAAGGUAGAAGACUACAUUCAAUUAGCUAGUGGACAUGACGUAACGAAUGAAUUUGAUAAACCUUGGGUAAAAAGUUGUACUGAUGGAAUAGUUAUUCCCAAUGAAAAACAAAAGAAAGUUUUCAGAAGUUAUCUGAAUCUCGUUAAGAGAAAAGCACCAAACAGUGAAGGAAUUAUGUAUCCUUACAACAAUAAAGAUGAGAUGUGUUUGGAUGAAAACUAUGAAUUUGAUGAUUUCGAUUAUCUAACUAUUCAAGAAGAGAAUGAAGAGUGUUAA